UAAAACCCUCGUUUUCCAUUGGUAAUAUAACUCGUACUCGUAGCCGUAGGUGUAUUUGUGUGAAGAUAACGGGACAACAGGCCUUAUUCGUCAAGAGGAAUCCAAUCCGCGAGAUUCAACAACAUCGUCUUAGAAAGUUGGGUCUGUAAGAUUUUUAAAAGUAAGCCUUUUAUUUCGAAUGUCAGAAUCGUACUGAGCCAUUUUGACAUUCUUGUUUCUUUUUCUUUUUUUCUUCUUUUACACAUCGUUCUCUUUUCUCUUACGGACGUCAGAACUUUCAUCAACUUUAUGGUGUUUAGGUAUUCGGCUUAAUGUCUGUAACAUGAUUGCUGUUCGUGUUUGGGUAUAGUUUCGCGGUUUAGGAUAUUGGUUUCUGCAAUUGAUUACUACUAGAAAAAAGUUGGAAUUUUAGUAUGGUUCAUUCUGAGCUUAGCGCAUAGUUUCCUGUUUCAAGAAUGAUGGCAUCCUUAGAAUUUUGUGCUGAAAACUGAGACACAGGAAAACAUUCCCUUGAAUUGGGUUUUUGGUUCUGAGAAAGUGGUGGCUUUAAGUUUUCAGCACCUAUUUUGAAGUGCAAGUUUUGGAGGUUUUUUAUUGUAGAUUCAGGGUUUUCAAUUUUGGAUUCAUGGAAAUUGUUGGCUUUGGGAUCUUUAUGCUGAGGAUUGAAACGAAGAGGAACAUUUCUGUUGUGGAAUUAGGUUAGUGUAUUUUCUGUGGAAGGGAGAGAGGAAAUGGAUUUGUGGGUGGUUGCAGUUGCUGCUAGUGCUGGAUGUUUAGCUAAGUAUUGGCGAAAUCUGUUAAAGAAUACUAAUAGCUUACCCGAGUUGUCUCCUGGGGACUCUAAUUGUGGGAAACCUGAAUCCCCAGGUCAUCCCUUCCACAGAUUGGCACAUAGAAUGAAACUGGGAGAUGGUGUUUCAACAGAGAAGAAAUGGAUUUCUGAUGAGAGAGUUUCAGAUAUAUACCAAGCAGAUGGUGCUUCAGCUGCAGAAGUAGCUUCCACCAGUGGGUUUGAUGUUGAGAAGUUGGGAUAUUUAGACGAAUAUAAAGAUCAUAACGUACUCUCUGUAUUAGGCGUACUACCAAAAACCUCAACAAAUGAUGUUUUAGAGCAUGACGCUGGAAAUGGGCUUUGUGGUGAUAAUUGUGGUAAUUCAUUAGUGGGUCUUUCUGCUGGGAUGGGUUCUUUUCAUGGUUCUUCAAGGAAUAGAAGCUCUCUUAGACCUAAAUGCAAUGAGCAUUUUAUUAAACCCCUAAGUUCCCUGGAAAGUUGUCUUAUGGCUCAGCUAUACAAGGAACAUACUAAAAUGGAAAAUUAUGUAUUUAGUUCCCUUCCAUCACCAUCUGCACCAACUACAAGGCCACUACUUGGUACUGCUGGAAGCCAAAUACUCGGCAGAGGAAAUGAUCGUUGUUUCAGUGCACCAGUUGGAUUUGUGGAAGAUAAGAUGCUUGAAGAAGCCUGUUUGGUUAGGAAUGAAAAUGUGUCUGGCAUUCCUCCACUACCGAAAAUUGGGUCUUUAGAGUUCUUGAGUCAGAUGAAAAGGACAAGAAAUGAUGGAAAUGGAAGAUUGAGCAGCUCCAUCAAAAUGGUCAGUGUAAAGAACACCCUUUCACAAGGUGGGUCACAAGAUGGAAUAAAUCUUUUCUGUCUUGGGAUUUAUUUUGGUAUGUUAUAUUCUUUCAAAACAAAUAAAAGAGAAGUUGACAGCCUGAAAGAGAAAUUGAAGCAGACUCAGAACUUCGUCCAAGAUCUACAAGAUGAGCUAGAUAUGAAAGAUUCAAUGAUAGUGAAGGAGCUAGCUAAUGAAGGCUAUAAAUCACAGGAUACUUGUGACAACUCCUAUGACAGGACACUAACUGCAGCUUCCCCUGAACUGUCUAUAGAUAUUUCAACUAAAUAUGAUGGUAAAAAAUUAUAUGAUCAGAGUGUAGAGGAGAGCUCAGAACCUAUGAGUAAAAUUGAAGCAGAGCUUGAAGCAGAACUUGAGAGGUUGGAGCUAAACAUGAAUGCAUCUAGUUUGGACAGAAGAUUCUCUGAUCUUGUUGAGCUUGAUCCGGAAUUUGUAGCAGAUUUUGCUCAAGGUGAGUUGAGAACAGAUAUGAUCCAUGGCCAAGCUGUUGCACAACCUAAGUCAAAUCAAGAUGUGGGGGACACCUCCACCCCUCACUCUGGAAACUAUGCUAUUUCACCACGAGAAUUGAGCCUGCGUCUGCAUGAGGUUAUUCAAUCUAGACUCGAAGAACAUGUACAGGAGCUUGAGGCAGCCCUUCAAAAUAGCCAGGGACAGUUAAACCGCAUGGAAUCAGUGCGGACAAGUCCUUGGAAUGGAUUCUCAAGAUAUGAACGAGGAUAUUCCUCUAGCCCAGAAAGUUCAAUUGCUCAAGAAUGCAAUCCUGUGGCCCGGCCUUUGAUUGUGAACCUUUCAGGGGAAACUCCAGAUGCAUACAAUGAGGCUUGCAUAGAAAAAAUCAAGACAGGUGAUUCAGCAUAUCAGGAUUUACCAUCAAGGGUCAGUGAAAAUAAGCAUCAAGAGGGCUUCAAAAUGUCGGAUCGACGUGCAUACACCCCUCAAAAUGGUGGCAUAGACGGUUCCAUGCCACAUCUUGCAAUCGAAAAUGAGAUAUCAUCUAUGGAGUUCUUUUCUUGCGAGGAGAGAUCAUUUGGAGGUCACACGACUGAGGUUCAAGAAUUGAAUGACGUCGGUGCAAGUGAAGAUGAAAAAAGUGAUUGGGAUGAUGAGUUUGAGAAGCAAUUGAUCAAGCAGAUUGUGGAGAAAAGCAAGAAAGGUUCUCCUGUUAUUCUAAACGCACAAAGAGUUCUGUUCUUAAUGGACGAAAAAUGAGCAUUGAAAUGAAAUGAAAUCAAGUUU